AUGAGUCGAGAUCGCCACAGUUCCGAAAGUCCAUUCCAUCCAUCGAGAUUGUCGUCUGGAGAUCCCAGAGACCGGGUCCCUGCCAAUCGUGCAUUUGAUCAGUUCUGGACGUUUCCAUCCCUUGGCUUAAACCCCCCUCCGAGAUGUAUUUGGAAUACGCGUUGGACAUCUCCAACGGACAAGGCAACACUGCUAUCCGUGCUCGGUCACUACCCGGAGCAUGGGACAGGAGCCAUGUGGCGUGGGCACAAUCAUCAACCGUUCCUAGCCCAGGAAGGCCUAGAAGGUGCACUCAUGGUGGGCGAGCUUCAUGAGGCCUCGAUCGGUGGCGGCCGAUGCUCGAGGAUACGUAAAGUACGACGCGGGUCGUACGGCAGAGAGGAUAAGAUCUGUCAACUGCCCGUCCCCGGAUCUAACUUGAAUGAGGAGAAAAACCAGGGCCUCAAUGGCCCUGAUGCCUGUCUGAUGAUCUGA